UUCUGCGCAAGCGCCCUUCUGGUUUCCGCUUAGCGGAAAAUGGCGGCGGCGGGAGCAGGAUCCCGGGGCGGAGCGGCUCAAUCCAAUCCCGGAACCGGGGCCGUACAGCAGGGCCUGAAAGAAGCCCUAUUCGAGGCGCUUGGCUCCAUCCUCUCCCCCGUACAAGAGGUGCGGGCCGCCGGGGAAGAACAAAUUAAAGUGCUGGAGGUGACAGAGGAGUUUGGUGUUCACCUGGCUGAGCUGACAGUGGAUCCCCAGGGUGUUCUGGCUAUACGGCAGUUGGCAUCUGUAAUUCUCAAACAGUAUGUGGAAAAUCAUUGGUGUAAUCAGUCCGAGAAAUUCCAUCCGCCUGAGACCACUGAGAGGGCAAAGGUGGCCAUCAGGGAGCUUUUACCAAAUGGUCUUCGAGAGCCAAUCAGUAAAGUGCGAUCAAGUGUAGCCUAUGCUAUAUCAGCAAUAGCUCACUGGGAUUGGCCCGAGGCGUGGCCAGAGCUCUUCAGACUGUUGAUGGAAAUGCUGAUCAGCGGUGAUGUGAAUGCAGUGCAUGGGGCCAUGCGGGUACUCACAGAAUUCACCCGAGAAGUGACAGACACACAGAUGCCGCUGGUGGCUCCUGUAAUUUUGCCUGAAAUGUACAAGAUUUUUACAAUGGCUGAGGUUUACAGCAUUCGAACUAGAGCACGUGCAGUUGAGAUCUUUACCACAUGUGCCAACCUUAUCUGUGCAAUUGAGGAGGUUGAGAAGGGUGCAGCCAAGGCAUUGAUCUUCCCUGUGGUACAGCAGUUCACGGAGGCAUUUGUACAAGCCCUGCAGAUGCCUGAUGGCCCAAACUCUGACAGUGGGCUGAAGAUGGAAGUUCUGAAGGCUGUGACAGCGCUGGUGAAGAAUUUUCCAAAGCACAUGGUUUCGUCAAUGCAGCAGAUCUUGCCAAUUGUGUGGAGUACGCUAACUGAGAGUGCGGACGUUUACGUAAGGACAGAGGUGAAUUACAUGGAAGAGGUGGAUGAUCCAGUGGACUCAGAUGGCGAGGUGCUGGGGUUUGAAAACUUGGUGUUCAAUAUUUUUGAGUUUGUGCACACAUUACUGGAGAACAGGAAGUUUAAGAGCACCGUGAAGAAGGCCCUGCCUGAGCUCAUCUACUACAUCAUCCUGUACAUGCAGAUCACUGAGGAGCAGAUUAAGGUUUGGACAGGAAAUCCGCAUCAGUUUGUGGAGGACGAGGAUGACGAUACCUUCUCUUAUUCUGUGCGGAUCUCUGCCCAGGAUCUCCUGCUGGCUGUUGCAAGUGACUUCCAGAGUGAGAGUGCCAUCGCCUUAGCAGCAGCUGCGACUAAACAUUUGCAGGAAGCAGAGCAGGCCAAGAGUGAUGGGAAUGUGCACUGGUGGAAGAUUCACGAGGCUUGUAUGUUGGCACUGGGCUCAGUGAAGAACGUAAUCACUGAGAGCGUGAAGAAUGGACGGAUACAGUUCGACAUGCAUGGAUUCCUCACCAAUGUCGUUCUUGUUGAUCUCAACCUGUCAGUCUCUCCAUUCCUGCUGGGUCGUGCACUCUGGGCUGCCAGUCGCUUUGCCACUGUUAUGACUCCUGAACUAAUCCAGCAAUUUUUACAAGCGACAGUCAGUGGCUUGCAUGAGACACAACCACCAUCAGUGCGAAUCUCUGCUGUACGAGCCAUCUGGGGGUACUGUGACCAGUUGAAAAUCUCUGAAUGUAUACAUGUUUUACAACCGUUCCUUCCCAGCAUCCUGGAUGGUUUGAUGCAUCUUGCUACACAGUUCAGUUCUGAAGUGCUGACCCUGGUCAUGGAGACAUUAUGUGUUGUUUGCACCGUGGAUCCUGCCUUCACCAUUAGUGUAGAAAAUAAAGUCUGCCCACUUACCAUUGCAAUCUUCCUCAAAUACAGCAACGAUCCAGUGGUGGCAUCGCUGGCUCAGGAUAUCUUCAAGGAGCUUGCACAGAUAGAGGCCUGUCAAGGCCCCAUGCAAAUGAGGUUAAUUCCAACUCUCAUUAGCAUAAUGCACGCUCCUUCUGAUAAAAUCCCCUCUGGCCUCUGUGCGACUGCCAUUGACAUACUGACAACUGUAGUGAGAAAUACCAAGCUGCCACUGUCGGAGGUGCUGAUCUGUCAGGCGUUUCCUGUUGUGGCUCAGUGUACACUGCACACAGACGACAAUGCAACCAUGCAGAAUGGUGGAGAGUGCCUGCGAGCUUAUGUGGCUGUGGCACUGGAGCAGAUAGCACAAUGGCAUGAUGACCAGGGUCACAACGGGCUCUGGUACGUCAUGCAGGUGGUGAGCCAGCUUCUGGACCCACGUACCUCUGAAUACACAGCAGCAUUUGUAGGGCGACUGGUUUCCACGCUCAUCUCUAAGGCUGGCUCACAGCUAGGAGACAACCUUGACCAGAUACUGCGAGCAAUCCUCAGCAAAAUGCAGCAAGCAGAGACACUCAGUGUCAUGCAGUCUCUGAUCAUGGUGUUCGCACACCUCGUUCACAAUCAGCUGGAGCCUCUGCUGGAGUUUCUGUGCAGUCUGCCUGGACCCACCGGGAAACCUGCUCUAGAGUUUGUCAUGUCUGAGUGGACAAGUCGGCAGCCUCUCUUCUACGGACAAUAUGAGGGCAAAGUCAGCACCGUAGCAAUGUGUAAACUCUUACAACAUGGCAUUAACACAGAUGACAAGAGGCUGCGGGAUAUCAUGGUGAAAGGGGAAGAAAUAUUCAAUGCCGAUGAGGGAAUACGCACUCGCUCCAAGGCAGCAAAAAAUCCAGAGCGUUGGACCAACAUUCCUCUGCUAGUAAAACUCUUCAAGCUGCUCAUUGGUGAACUCUCCAGUGUCAUGGAAGCAAAUAUCUCACGGCAAUCCACAGCAGCAGAGUGGAAUCAAGAUGAAGUUAAUGACAUGUGGGAGGACCAAGAUGAUGAUGAUGAUGAGGAUGAUGACGAGGGUUUAGCGGGACAGCUGUUAUCAGAUCUACUCAAUCCAGGAGUAGGCGUUAGAUAUGAUGAUGAUUAUUAUGAUGAGGAUGAUGAAGAUGAUCCAGACACUCUGAAAGAUCCCUUGUAUCAAGUUGAUUUACAGGCGUAUCUAACAGAUUACCUCCGUCAGUUUGCACAGCAGCCCUGCUACACACCAUUUUCUGAUCACCUCAAUGAAAAGGAGAAGAGAGUUUUACGCUCAAUAGGCAUUUAAGAUAACCUGGAAGAGACACAAUACCCCCACAUUUACUGGGUCAUUGACUGACACUGAGGUCAGUCAUUGUUAAUACUGCCUCCUUCUGCGCCAGCUGCUCAUUUUACGGGGAGAGAAAUCAGAUUUCAUCGUAGCCUUUUUCCAUCAUGACUCCAAGCAAUAACUGCAGAGGCCUGACUGAAGAUCAGUGGUUUCAUCCAAGGAAGCACACAUGCUUGUCAAAGUUUCUGCAGCUGUGCUGUUGGGGACUGGAGGAAGCCUGUGCGGUGAAGCAGGUUCCUUUCAUGAGGCAGUACUGUCAUUCUUCAACCUGCAGGAUACAUAGGAGCAGCCCUGGUUAAACACACUAUUUUUGCUACAGAACACAAAACAUUAAGUUACACGAUGCACUUAAAGAAGUGGAAUGAAGAUUCAAGCUUUGUGAAACAUUUUGUUUUGCAGUUCUCCUGAUAUUUGUCCUGAAGUGUUCCUACUGAGAGUUGCUCCAUUACUGGAGUGAUAAAAGGAGUAAAUUGAGCAGUGGCAGAUGUAAUUCUGAGCAAGUUCUGAGAUAGUUACGGCCUGGUUGCUCUUUAGGAUGAGAUUUGGUUUGUCUGGGACACUUGUCUGUUCUGUUUCCAUUCAGGGAAGAGAAACAAAAUAAAAUACAAUAAAAGGA